AUUGAAAAGGUUGACGUGUUCUUGCUUACAAUAUGCCUCCACCACAUUUCAUACAGAUAGCAUUGUCUUUAGUACUUUGUGUAUUUAUGGAAUCAGUAAGGCGUUAGUGCGUGCAAAUAUUUCCCCGAAACCCAGCUUCUGAAGGUUUUUGCUUGACGUUGACAAGAAUAAAGUGUAGACAGUAGUUUAGACCAAUCUUCAUUGAAAUUAUUGUCACACAUGUGAUGACAAUCAUACCACCAUAGAAGUCUUUUGCUAAAAAUGUAUCAUACAGAAACAAAUUGUAACCGACUUCUCUCCAUGACCUCUUUCAUGCCACAUCCGAGUCUCAAUGAUUCCUUGUUCCCUGCUGUUUACCUUUACCUCCUAUUUUUGGGUUUCAUUCAACCUUCUAUGGUUCUUUCAGUUCCCAUUUUCCCAGUGGAUCAUUGUACACCGAUGAAAGAUGGAUUAGUUCAUUCAGAUAGCAUCACGUCAUUUGCUGUGUUCUUAAGUGGUACACGCAAUUUCUUUUUACAGGUAAAUGACGACGCGUCACCGAUUUGUGCAUUUCUUGAUCUUAAUACAGACCCUCCAUCUUGGUCACCUUCAGGCUGUUUUGUACACAAGUACAGUUCAUCACACACAGUUUGCCACUGUUAUCAUAUGACAAGUUUUGCUGUUCUUAUGGACAUUCAUGGUGCUUUUGAAGGUGAUUCAAUACCUGAGGAUCAUGAGCUGGCCUUGUCAAUCGUGUCCAUCAUCGGAUGUUUGAUCUCCUUCAUUUGUUACGUCACAUUGCAAUUCUCAUUUUACUUUUUAAGGAGACGCACAGAGACACUGUAUAUCCACAUGAACCUUGCAGCAGCUGAGAGCCUCGCUAUUUUCUUUUUUCUUCUCGGUUAUCCUGGAGUUCGAAUAAAGGGUGUGUGUUUCGCCUUUGCUGCUCUUCUUCAUUAUUUUCAAUUGGCGGCGUUUUGCUGGAUGAUGGUAGAAGGUAUUAAUCUAUUGAGGGGGAUGGUGAAAGUGUUUCGAGUUACCAGCCGAUUGAGAAUUUAUUCUCUUUCUGCCUGGGGUCUUCCUGUUCUCGUUGUAGCAGUAACAGCAAGUAUUUCCCGCCAUCAAUACCUAAGAGAUGACUUUUGCUGGAUUUCUCACCAGGUCAUUUGGUCAUUUGCUGGACCUGUGGCCUUUAUAUUAUUGGUAAACUUGGCUGUUCUCGUUGUGGCUAUCAAGAUUGUGAUACGAAAGACUCGUUACAAAGAAACUAGCACAUUAUCAACCUUUGAACAAGAAAUAAGAGCGGCUUUCAAGACUUUAGUGAUCCUUACUCCGUUGUUGGGUGUGACUUGGCUCUUGGGCUUUAUUUCUAUACACAACAACUCCCUUGUGUUCCAGUACCUGUUUGCUGUCGUUAAUUCCUUGCAGGGACUGUAUUUCUUGAUAGCUCAAUACCACUUUGAUGACGAUAUCAAGACAAAUGCACGCCGUGCGUCCACUCGAGUGAAACGCUUGUUUAGUUUAUCAACGUCGAAGUCCACCAGCUCUUUAAGUGGAACCUUUAGUGACAACAAAAAAUCUGCAGUUUCGCCUCAACAGAAACCUGAAGACCAAGAUCAUAAUAUGAAAAGAGUGAAUAACUCGAAACAAGGCUCUGAUGACCAAGACAAUAACGAAAAUUACUUGGCUUGCAAACAACAAAGAAGCUUGGAGAAGCAGGAUGAUUCAAAGGCCAUGCCGUCCGAGCUCCAAAAAAAAGCUCCAAAUGAGCCAAACAGCGAGGAAGAUCGUGUUCACGGCGCAAAUGACUCCAAGCAACACGUCACUGUGACACGCUUUUAGUUGACGUUUCGCGUGUUCAAAGUUAGAUUACAGAUCACCGGGAAGAAAUUCGGGGUCAAUAUAGACUCUUUGGGUGUUAAUUAUUGACUGGAGUAAUAAAAUAAGCGUUAUUUUGAGUCAAGUUGACUCUUCCUUUUGUCCAUGCAAGAUUUGUAAGAUUUAAUGAACGUACAUAGCGGAAAGGAAAUUGUCUAGCCUUUUUUAUGUUGUUUUUUUCCAAGGGGUAACCCGAAAGAAGUUCAUGGCUAAUGGUGUUGAUCUGUGUUAGUAUUAGAAUUAGAGCAAAUUAAAAUUAUUUGCCUUAUGUAAGUUCUUUUUUUGUGAAAAAUGUUCUCAAUCCGGUUUGAAGAAAGUGGAUAGAGGCCACCGGACACAUCCUAUUUGCCUUUUUUCAACCAGAAAUUUCGCAGUGUAUGGAAACGAAUUUAUCCUUGAAUGUCAAACUCAGAGAUCCUAACAUUGUACCAGUUACUAAGCUGAC